CAGCACGAAGAGAGAAACCAAAGCAAACAAAAUAAAAAGAGGCAUCAAAUUAGGGUUCCACAGCAACUCUGAUUUUCUGAUCGAUCCAUUCAUGGUGAUAAGAAUGGAGAAAAGCAAGUCGUACUUCGAGUAUUCUUCUUCAUAUUCGGGAGAAUUCGGGUACCGAAAUCACCCCUCGAAUUCAUACAACUUCAACGGCCCAUGCAGCAAAGAAAACGGGUUUACUACAUCCAACGACCCAGAGCUCAAGAGGAAGAAGAGAAUCGCCUCUUAUAAUGUCUUGACGAUGGAGGGAAAGCUCAAAUCCUCCGUCAGAAGCAGCUUUAAGUGGAUUAAGAACAAGUUCACUGCGUCCAAUGAACAUGUUCGCUAUGGUCUGUGACUGUGAGUUUUAACUAAUUAGUCGCACAUAUACAUAUAUAUUAUAUACAUGUUGUACGUAUAUGAUUCGUGCCGUGUUUGGCGAAUUUAUAUAAGCGAGGGAGGGGAGAGAGAAGUUUUAUCUUGUCGCAGAAUUAAGCACCAAACAGAGCUUGUCAUGGUUGUUGAUGAGUUUUUUUUUU